UUUAUGACGCACACAGGUGUUUGUGCACAUUGAGGAAGCCUGCAGAUCGACUAGCAGGAUCAGUCCUUUACUCCGAUCAGAGAGUGCUGCGCACUUAUAAAUUGCUGCUUAUGUUUGGUUCAGUUACAGCGGGAUGAUGGCUGAUCGUUACCAGCACCCGGUUUUCUUUGAGUGUGAGAGUCUUAAAGAAGAACAUCUGACGAGAUUACAAAAAUAUUUCGGUAUUCACCGCAAAUCAGGCGGAGGAGAGUGCGGACCGGUGACGAGAGUGGACGAAAACGUGUAUAGUGUGGUUUUCCUAAAUAAAAAAGAUCAGCAGCGAGUCCUUCAGAGAUCAGAGCAUGUUUUGGAUCUUGAAGAUCGUCGUUUGGUGAUGUUUGUCCGAGAAACUCUGGAAAAUGACACCUCUCACCUCACCACCCCCACUUCUGCUCCAGCAGAGACUCCUGAGAACAUUCCUGCCUCGUCUCUUCCACCAAGCGAUGAAGAGUAUGAACUACAUGUUGAUAAUUAUCUCCUUCGUUACCUGAAAGAAUGUCCACAUGCUCAGCAAGAACUUGAGAACAUGCUUGGCUGUUUAGCCUGCUCUGCUGAUCUUUACUGUGAGGAGGGGAGGGUUUUAGUGAGGAGGCGAGCUCAACCUGGUGCUGCAGAUGAAGUUAGUGAUUGGAAAGCUAAAGUAGAUGCUUUCUUUUGUGGCUACUUGUGCAACUAUGAGGUAAACCCUGACAAAGUUGAAGCUUUGGUUCAGUCCAGCAGCUCUUGUCAGACUGCAGGUGAGGUGAAGGUGUACACAGAUGAGUCUGGGAAGGCUGUUGUUGUUGGAGAACUGUCUCUGGUUCAUGCCAGGUUGUUAGACAUUGAGCAACCUUCAAGUUUACGUGACAAUAUGGCAUCUCUGAGUUUGAGUGAGGAAAGCACAACCAUUGCUAGCUACAGCCUUUGUGAUGGGCUCCAGGUGUUUGUGUGUCAGGGUGACAUCACCAAGCAACACGCUGAUGCUCUGGUAAAUGCAGCCAAUCAGGACUUGGAGCACUCUGCAGGUGUUGCUGCUGCACUGAGUCGAGCUGGUGGUCCUGAAAUACAGAGAGAGAGUGAUGAAUUAGUGAAGUGUUUUGGGAAAAUUCCCAUAGGAGAAACAGUAGUGACCACAGGGGGUAACUUAAAGUGCAAGAAACUGCUUCAUGCAGUUGUGCCUGUAGGUGGAAAAGCAAGUAAGAGAGAUAAGAAGUUACUGGAAAAAACUGUGCAUUCUGCUUUAAAGUUUUCAGAAAUAAUGGAGUUUCAGUCCAUAGCCAUUCCUUGUAUCAGCUCAGGUGUCUCUGGGGUUCCUCUCACUGUGUGCACUGAGGCAACUGUUGCUGCUGUGAAGGACUUUGGCAGUGUGGGAGGUCGAAGUCUGAGGAAAAUCAUCCUGAUUGAUGACAGAGAGGAGGCAGUGAGGGCCAUGCAGGACGCAUGUGACAGGCUUCUCCAAGGGAUAGAUACACCUGAUGAAGAUACAGCAAGAGGAGCCACUGCCAGAGCUCCUGGAGGCAGAGUCCACAUGGAGGUUAUUCAGGGAUCGAUCGAGAGCCAGCAGGUGGAUGCUUUGGUGUCUCCUAUGGUUGGCCAUGAUCCUCUCUCUACCCGUGUUGGAAAUGCUUUGUUUGAAUUAGCUGGACCCGAGCUGACCACAAGGUUUAGACAGGAAGCAGAAGAUGAAACCAUGCCUGGUGACUCAGUACUGCUGGAGGGCUUACCUGGACUUCAAUGUAAUGCAGUCUUCUUCCUCAAUCUCGUUCCCUUUGAUGGUGACCCAGAGGGUGUUGCAGUCCAGGUUCUUCGAAUGAGCAUCAACACAGUCCUAUCUUCUUGUGAGAAGAAAGGAUUCAGAUCGGUCGCUCUUCCUGUCCUCGGGGCUGGGAUGGCCCUGCAGUUUCCUGCCAGUGAAGUGGAGAGGGUGUUAAUGGAGGAAGUUCAUGUAUUUGAAGAGGAACGAGCGGGCAUCACACCACUCCUGAUCCGCAUCGUCAUUCACCCUGAUGAUGAGGAGACACAUGAGACAUUUGGCUCUGUCCAAAAUGACAAAUUCACUGAAGAUUUUCACCACAAAGACCCAGACCAAGAGUCAACAACAAUGAGGCUGGUCCUGCUGGGAAAAACUGGAUCUGGGAAAAGUCACCUGGGUAACACCAUUUUUGGAGAGGAGCUCUUUACCACCUACCACUCUUCCGUCUCUGGAACAUCUAAAUGCCAAACAGGAACCAAAACAGUCAGUGGAAGAAGCAUCACUCUGAUCGACACCCCUGGUUUCUUUGACACAGGAAGGUCUGAGGCGGAUUUGAACUCUGAGAUAAUGAGCUGUAUGACAGAGUGUGCUCCUGGGCCUCAUGCUUUUCUCAUUGUGCUUCGAGUGGAUAAAUUCACAGAGCAUGAGCAGGCUGUCAUCACUAAGACAGUUCAGUCUUUCUCAGAUGAAGCUCUAAAAUAUGCUGUUGUUGUUUUCACUCACGGUGAUCAGCUCGACAAAAAUUUAAAAAUUGAAGAUUUUGUCAGUCAGAACAAGAACCUGAGUGAUCUGGUGUCAAAGUGUGGUGGUCGGUGCCACGUCUUUGAUAACAAACACUGGAACAACAACCAGCCAAAUAACUACAGGAGCAACCAGUUCCAGCUGGAGGAGUUACUGAAAACAAUAGAGAAAAUGGUGGUGGAAAAAAACGGAGGCUACUACACAAAUAAAACGCUGCAACAUGUGGAGACGGCAAUACAGAAACGAGUUGAGCACAUUAGGCACUCAAUGCCAGAUAAGACCACAGAAGAGAUCAGAAAGCAGGCUAAAACUGAUGUGUUUAACAGGUUUCUGAUCCAAAUGACAGGGAUCGCAACAGGAGCUUUGCUCGGUGCUUUUUUCGGUGUAGUAACAUUGGCUGAAUUUGCUAUCAAAGCUGUGAAGAACCCACAACUGAUGAAUGUCACAACAAACUUUUCCAGAUUUGUACCAGCUGCACAGCAACAGAAUGCAUUAGUAGCUGCUGGAGCAGUAGGCUUGGUCGGAGCAGCAACUGGAGGAGGAAUAAUGGGAGGUGUAAUUGGAAAUGAAGCAGCUAAAGAUGCUGAGUCACCUUCAGAAGCUGUACAGAGAACAUAUAAGGCUGUAGAAAGAAAAAGGAACUCUCUCACUCGUGAUGAAAGAUUUUCAUAAUAAUCAGGUACAAUAGUCCCUCGUUUAUUGCGGGAGUUACGUUCUAAAAAUAACCCGCGACAGGCGAAAUAGUCAACCCUAUUUUUUACAGUUAUUAUAGAUGUUUUAAGGCUGUAAAACCCAUCACUACACAGUUUAUACACUUUUCUUGUUGUGUUUGACAUGUUUGUGUUUGUUGGGAGAAAACUUACAAACAUACAGGACAGCUCUUCAGAGUCACGCUGCUAGCGAUCGAAGAUUUAUGUAGAUUUGACUACCUGAACUCAAUCUGUACUGUACAGGAGACACGGCACGAGAUUGAUUGGCAGUGGUCUACAGGACGCAGAACACAAUGCGUUGUUAAAAUUUAAAGAAAGAGAAAAAAAAAAAGAAAGCCGUAAAAGGUGUUACACAAAAUUAGUGUUUAUUUGGAAUCUGGUUUUUGGUAAACUAUCAUAUAUUUAGUCAGCAGUUUCCCUCCUUCAUGAAGGAGAUUUUGUUCUUCAGCCACUUUAGCACUUUAUCUACUAACAUUUUGUUUUAUCUUACUCCCCUUUGGUGGUGGGAACAUAUUGUUUGGUGUAUUUAUGUUCAAUAGGUUUGUGAUCCAUAAACAACUAAAACAUUGAGCUUAAAGAUUCUCACAACAUCUAUGAGUGUGAUAGCUGUGUUUAUGGGGUUCUUGCUUGAACUACCCAGUGCCUUGAUUCACUGUGAUCAUAAUUUUUCAUACAGAUGUGACUAAAGUGGAAGAAUGUUUGAGACCAUGAAACACAUCAAACUUUAAAAACAAUAACAAAACACAACAACACACGUAAGAUUGAAGAAAUUGGGUUUUGUUUGAUUUUUCCCCGAUAUUGUCAAAUCUCUAUUUUUACUUAAUUGUGAAGUAUCUAAUAAUAAUAGAACUACUUGACAUGUGUAUGCUAUAUUGCUGAUAUGAUUGACAGAUCAAAGAUGUCUUAUUAAGCAAUAAAAGCUAUAAUUUCUGAAAA